GGGGCGGUGCCGGAAGACGUGGCCCUCCCGGAGCCGCCUGCAGGCGAGGGCUCGGAGUAUCCUCCUCAGAGCCCGGCUCGCUGCCCGCCGGGUUCUGGCACCACGAGGGGCGUGGAGGCUGGCACGGCGCUCCUCGCCCCCUUCCUCCGAGCGCCCGCGUCCCCGUCUGUCGCCCACUCCGGCCGGCACCGACCCUGCAUCGUCGCCUCCCUCUUCCCUUUCCCGGCGGCGAGAAGCCCCCAGUGUUAACGGGUGUCUGUCACGUGCCGGGGGCUUUGCCUAUAGUCUCGUACUCAGUCCCCUCCACGGUAAAGUGAGGAGGCUUCUUUAUGCCCAUUUCACAGAUGAGGAAACCGAGGAUGAGGCAGAGAGGUAGUGUGGCUUGCGCCACGUGUUGAAACGAGAGACAUGCCCGAGAUGGGAUUGAAACCCAGGUCCGCCCGACCCCAGAACUCCUGAUCUUUCCCACUGCAUUGCGCUGCCUCAGUGAACAGCUGCGGGGAAGGCACGGUCGCCUUUCGGCCUCUCCACGACUCCACAUAACAAUUAGUCAUCCUGAUGCUCGGGUGGGGAUCAGGAAGAGGGUGGAGAGGUUAUGCGGAGGCCAGUCUCGGGUAUGGGGCGGCUGAUGCAAUGACCGGCUAGUAGCUCGGUUCUCAAGACGGUUUCCUUGGUCUCCACCCGCACCCCCCCCCCCACCAAGCCACCCCUGAUUGGACAGUCUCAUCAGAGGUUGGUCAAGAAUCUCAAGUGUUUCUGAGAAACGGAGUGGUUUCUUUAAAACGCCCCUAGUACAAAUAGCUGAAGAGUAGGGUAAACAGGGAAAAAGAAAGAAGAGCCUUUUACUAAAAAGGAAACUGAAAGAAACAGGGGAAGACUAUUAAAGAAGACCUCUGGCUGCACAGGGCAGUCUCAGCCUCGCAACUGCCCCGCGUGACCAGUGGCCACCUCUGCAGUGUCUCCCACAACCUGGUUUUGUCGGGACCACUGAGCAAACCUUCCAACGCCCUAGCCGGCUAGAGACCCAGGUCCUGGAAGAUGGCGGAUAUGGCCAACGGCGAGCAGGGGUGCGCCUCCCCCCUCGACCUGUUCCACAGGGUAGCUGCCCAGGGAGAGCUCGUGCGGUCCCUCAAAGCUGGAAAGGCUCCACAGGAUGAAAUUGAUUCUGCAGUACGGAUGCUGUUAUCAUUGAAAAUGAACUACAAAGCCGCCAUGGGGGAGGAUUACAGAGCCGACUGCCCUCCAGGGAACCCAGCGCCUGAGAGCGACAGAGGCCUGGGUGCCAUGGAGGCCGAAGAGGAUUUUGUGGACCCGUGGACGGUACAGACCAGCAGUGCUAAGGGCAUUGACUAUGACAAGCUCAUUGUUCGGUUCGGGAGCAGCAAGAUUGACAAAGAGCUGGUGAGCCGGAUCGAGAGAGCCACCGGGCAGAGGGCACACCGCUUCCUGCGCAGAGGCAUCUUCUUCUCACACAGAGAUAUGAAUCAAAUCCUUGAUGCCUAUGAAAAUAAGAAGCCAUUUUACCUGUAUACAGGCAGGGGCCCCUCUUCCGAAGCGAUGCAUGUAGGUCACCUCAUCCCAUUUAUUUUCACCAAGUGGCUGCAGGACGUGUUUAACGUGCCCUUGGUCAUCCAGAUGACGGAUGACGAGAAGUACCUGUGGAAAGACCUGACCCUGGACCAGGCCUACGGCUACGCCGUGGAGAACGCCAAGGACAUCAUCGCCUGCGGCUUUGACAUCAACAAGACUUUCAUCUUCUCGGAUCUUGACUACAUGGGGACGAGUCCAGGCUUCUACAAGAACGUGGUGAAGAUUCAGAAGCACGUCACCUUCAACCAGGUCAAAGGCAUUUUCGGCUUCACUGACAGUGACAGCAUCGGGAAGAUCAGCUUUCCUGCCAUCCAGGCGGCUCCUUCCUUCAGCAACUCGUUCCCUCAGAUCUUCCGAGACAAGACAGACAUUCAGUGCCUCAUCCCAUGUGCCAUCGACCAGGAUCCUUACUUCAGAAUGACAAGAGACGUCGCCCCCAGGAUCGGCUACCCCAAACCAGCCCUGCUGCACUCGACCUUCUUCCCUGCCCUACAAGGGGCCCAGACCAAGAUGAGUGCCAGCGACCCCAACUCCUCCAUCUUCCUCACGGACACCGCCAAGCAGAUCAAGACCAAGGUCAACAAGCAUGCGUUCUCUGGAGGGAGAGACACCAUCGAGGAGCACAGGGAGUUUGGGGGCAACUGUGACGUGGACGUGUCCUUCAUGUACCUGACCUUCUUCCUCGAGGAAGACGACAAGCUCGAGCAGAUCAGGAAGGAUUACACGAGUGGGGCCAUGCUCACCGGCGAGCUCAAGAAGACCCUCAUAGAGGUCCUGCAGCCCCUGAUCGCCGAGCACCAGGCCAGGCGCAAGGAGGUCACCGACGAGAUCGUGAAGGAGUUCAUGACUCCGCGGAAGCUGUCCUACGACUUUCAGUAACAUUCAUUUUAUACACGCUUAUAAAGAGAUGUAAUUUACCAGUAAUCCCAGCCCAAUCGAAUCACCACUACCCGUAGGCUCUGCCACACGGUAAUUCCUGGCCUGGAAUCUGUAAGCCCCGUGCGUGUAUCUGUACUGUUUCUUCCUGUGAUGCCCUCCUUUCUGUCUCUCGCGGCAAAACCUUUGGGACCGGGUGCCAGCUAACAUGUCGUGGUCAGACAAUCCGGCUGGAGUCUCUCCCACAGAGCAGCCCCCAGACGUGGGACCUUUGGCCCAGUGACCGCUGGCCAGCCUGGGUCCACGGGACCCUGCGGCUUCGGCACACUCUUCACCCCGCUCUGUGAAAGAACAUGAGCGUGCUUACGUCAUGUAAGAACGUCGUGAUCCUAGACUCAAACAUGCUUUGGAAAGUCUAUGUGGGAAGUUGAACGGGCACAGGUGUAUUUCACCCUGGGCCCCCAAAGAUUUAAAAGAACUGCCAGCUACAAGCUUGACAGUCCGUGUGGCCAAGAGCUCCCAGCCGGAAGGCUGCUGGGCCCUGGCUGGCCGGUUCCCACGUCGUCUGUGGGCCAGACUACAGCUCACGUAGCACACUCCAGACCGUGCAUGCGCCGCACUCCAGAAUCACGCUCCUCCCCGAGUACUAACACCUCGUUUCCACCGCGGAACCCUUGACACUCCACCCCGAAAGCCAGCGGCCGCUUCGCACCGGCCGGGCCAGGUGCUGAGGGCUCUGUUGUCUUUGCAGAUCCUUUUGUUUUGACACGUGACUGGCGUGGAAGUCGCUCUGCACAGAGCAGUGCCCUGGGGCAGGUGGACGUAGCUAGACCGCGUGCAGCCGCCCUCACGGCCCUGGCGGCACGCCCGCGGGAGGCCUGUUGAACCGUGCGCCCUGUGUAGUUUUGGAAAAGCGGAAGACCUGUCUCAGGGAAAGCGUGUGGUCGAGGGGUCUGUCCCUUCUGGAUACACAGGGCCCACUCCCUCAUGUCAGUCAUUGGCAUGAAUAAACUUGCUUCGGUCCUGCC